CGGACCUCAAAUCACUGUCGUCCGCAUGCACAAGACAUAUUAAUUGCUAAGAAGCUAAAUACGUUUGAUGCUAAAAUAAGAGUUGAAGAGGCGGGCUUAGCGCACCUGUCAGUCACCGUGAGCAGUCGAGUGAAGGAGAUGAACGAAAGACGUGGCCACGUUCCAGGGAAGUUGUUCUCACCUAUUAUCGGUUUCUGUGCGUCUUUAACUGAAUUAAUGCAGUGAAAUGGCAGAAGCAAGUUUUUCAGAGGAUGAGUUCAAGUGUUCAGUGUGUCUGGAUCUACUGAAGGAUCCAGUGACUGUUCCCUGUGGACACACUUACUGUAUGAGAUGUAUCACAGACUGCUGGAAUCAAGAAGAUCAGACGAGAAUCUACAGCUGCCCUCAGUGCAGACAAACCUUCAGUCCACGACCGGUUUUAGGGAAGAAUGUGGUGGUUGCUAGGAUGGUGGAGAAACUGAAGAAGACCAAAGUUCCUGAUGUCUGUUACGCUGGAGCUGGAGAUGUGGAGUGUGACGUCUGUACUGAGAGAAAACACAAAGCCAUCAAAUCCUGUCUGACGUGUCUCAACUCUUACUGUCAAACUCAUCUUGAGCAACAUGAGAAUCUCUUCAGAGGCAGAAGACACGACCUGAUAGAUGAUCCUAGACGACUGCAGGAGAUGAUCUGCUCUCAACACCAUAAAGUGAUGGAGAUUUACUGUAUUCAGUGUCAGAGAUGUAUCUGUUUGUUGUGUUUGGAUGAACACAGAAAUCAUGACACUGCAUCAAUUUCAGCAGCAAACACAGAGAAGCGGAGUCAGUUGGUAGAAACACAGAAUAAACUCCAGCAGAAGAUCCAGAGGAGAGAGAGAGAUCUUCAGAAGCUCAGAGACACUGUUGACUCUCAUAAGAGUCCAGCACAGUCAGCAGUGGAGGAGUGUGAGAUGACGUUCACUGAACUGAUGUCUGAAGUGACACAGCUGAUCAGAGAUCAGGAGAAGACUGCAGGGAGUCGAGCUGCAGGACUCUUGGAGCGACUGAAGCAGGAGAUUAAAGAUCUGAAGAGAACAAACACUGAGCUGGAGAAGAUUUCACAAACACAAGAUCACAUUCAGUUUCUCCAGAAUUUCCAGUGUCUCUCCAUCUCUGGAUCAACAGAAAACAUCAGUGUCUCUUCUGACGUCUCUUUUGAUGAUGAUGUUAUGAAAUCUGUGUCUCAAUUCAGAGAGAAACUGCUGCGUUUCUGCAGAGAGGAGAUUCGCAAGAGAUCAGUGACAAGCAUCCAGGUCCCUGAACCCCAAAACAGGAGUGAAUUCCUACAAUAUUUUCGUCAGUUCACACUGGAUCCAAAUACAAUGAAUCAUCACGUCAGACUGUCUGAAGGAGCGGCUAUAAUCACUGAUUCACCCCAGCAGUAUCCAGAUCAUCCAGACAGAUUUGACCGCUGGAUGAACGUGAUGUGCACAGAGAGUGUGAGUGGACGCUGUUACUGGGAGGUGGAGUGGAGUGGGAGUGAUAAGAAUGGCGUUUAUAUAGCAGUGGCAUACAAGAGCAUCAGUAGAAAAGGAGUCGGUCUGGAGUGUGCAGCUGGACGUAAUGAUCAGUCCUGGACUCUAUGCUGUUGUCCUGCCCAUUAUUCAUUCAUUCAUAAUAAUUCAGAGAUGAUUGUUUCUCUUAAUCCGAGCAUUUUUAAAGUAGGAGUGUAUGUGGAUCACAGUGCAGGAAUUCUGUCCUUCUACAGAGUCGCAAGCGACACAAUGAGUCUCAUCCACAGAGUUCACACCACAUUCACUCAACCUCUCUAUCCUAUGUUUGAACUAGAUGAUCACUCGGCAUUGAGACUCGUUGUCUAACAGAAUAAAGUAUAUAGAGAUUAGCAUUUGUUCUCAUGUUAAAGCAGUAUUUUUUUAAAUGUAGGGUGAUUAUGUUUCAUGCAUUCUGACUUCUUUACACUGUUAAAUGUGCUGGAUUCUCAUGCUAAACAUGAUGGGGAGAGAUCUAGUUAAACUGGAUUCUUAUUUUGGAUCUAUAAGAUAUGUAAGCCAUAUAUCCAUAGUUAAAUCUAUCACAAGAUUCAUGAGAUUUACAGAAACUGUGUGCGUUAUGGUCACUUCAUGUGUGAAGUCAUACAGUUUUGUAUUUUCUAACUGAAAACAGUGAAUAACACUACAAAUCUAACCUGAAUGUAGUUGUAGAGCAACAAUUUCCAUCUGUGUGAUUUUAUCAAACAUAUUUGUUUUUUAAUCAGAAGUAGAUCUUUAAGUAUUUCAUAAUAUCAGGACACAUUCUGCUUAGCAUUAAGGGCUGGUUCAACUUUGGGUCAUUGUUCUUUUGUUUUUCAUUAAUUGUUCAUAUUUGUCAUGUUGUCUCUUUAAUGGCUAUAUAAUCUAAAAAAAAUCCAGAAAUCACAGUGUUUGAUUUUUUAACUAUUUAUUUGUAUGAUACAGCUGCAAAUAAGUAUUUGAAAACCUGUAUAUCAGCUAGAAUUCUGACCCUCAAAGACCUGUUAGUCUGCCUUUAAAAUGUCCACCUCCACUCCAUUUAUUAUCCUAAAUCAGAUGCAUCUGUUUGAGGUCGUUAGCUGCAUAAAGACACCUGUCCACCCCAUACAAUCAGUAAGAAUCCAACUACUCACAUGGCCAAGACCAAAGAGCUGUCCAAAGACACUAGAGACAAAAUUGUACACCUCCACAAGGCUGGAAAGGGCUACGGGGAAAUUGCCAAGCAGCUUGGUGAAAAAAGGUCCACUGUUGGAGCAAUCAUUAGAAAAUGGAAGAAGCUAAACAUGACUGUCAAUCUCCCUCGGACUGGGGCUCCAUGAAAGAUCUCACCUCGUGGGGUCUCAAUGAUCCUAAGAAAGGUGAGAAAUCAGCCCAGAACUACACAGGAGGAGCUGGUCAAUGACCUAAAUAGAGCUGAGACCAACGUUUCCAAGGUUACUGUUGGUAAUACACUAAGACAUCAUGGUUUGAAAUCAUGCAUGGCACGGAAGGUUCCCCUGCUUAAACCAGCACAUGUCCAGGCCCGUCUUAAGUUUGCCAAUGACCAUUUGGAUGAUCCAGAGGAGUCAUGGGAGAAAGUCAUGUGGUCAGAUGAGACCAAAAUAUAACUUUGUGCUCAUAAUUCCACUAAACGUGUUUGGAGGAAGAAGAAUGAUGAGUACCAUCCCAAGAACACCAUCCCUACUGUGAAGCAUGGGGGUGGUAGCAUCAUGCUUUGGGGGUGUUUUUCUGCACAUGGGACAGGGCGACUGCACUGUAUUAAGGAGAGGAUGACCGGGGCCAUGUAUUGCGAGAUUUUGGGGAACAACCUCCUUCCCUCAGUUAGAGUAUUGAAGAUGGGUCGAGGCUGGAUCUUCCAACAUGACAAUGACCCGAAGCACACAGCCAGGAUAACCAGGAGUGGCUCUGUAGGAAGCAUAUCAAGGUUCUGGUGUGGCCUAGCCAGUCUCCAGACCUAAACCCAAUAGAGAAUCUUUGGAGGGAGCUCAAACUCCGUGUUUCUCAGCGACAGGCUAGAAACCUGACUGAUCUAGAGAAGAUCUGUGUGGAGGAGUGGGCCAAAAUCCCUCCUGCAGUGUGUGCAAACCUGGUGAAAAACUACAGGAAACGUUUGACCUCUGUAAUUGCAAACAAAGGCUACUGUACCAAAUAAUUACAUUGAUUUUCUCAGGUGUUCAAAUACUUAUUUGCAGCUGUAUCAUACAAAGAAAUAGUUAAAAAAUCAUACAUUGUGAUUUCUGAAUUUUUUUUUAGAGUAUGUCUUUCACAGUGGACAUGCACCUACGAUGACAAUUUCAGACCCCUCCAUGAUUUCUAAGUGGGAGAACAUGCAAAAUGACAGGGAGUUCAAAUACUUAUUUUCCUCACUGUAUGUACCAUCUCAGACCUACACUUGAGACUUCAUGGUCAAUAUAAACACGUUAACCUUUAGUAUUGUGUCAGCUGGAUUUCUGACAUCAGCUCACAUUACAGAAAUAUGAAAAGUUCUCAAAUCUGAUCAAACCACAUUCUUCUGUUACUCAGAAACUCUUUCAGAAAGCAUUUAUCUUUUAUCACAGUUUUCACAUGCCUGAACAGUUUGAUA